AUGCGAAUUUCUUCCCAGACUGAACUGACCUGGAUACGCAACAUGCACAACAGCACGGCUGAAGCUCCUCAUACGGCUAGAAUGUGUAAUGAGACUUCGUCCACACAGUCACCGGGCUCCGAGUUUUCACUGGGCGUGUUGGUGCUGCUGGCUUUCCUCAUGGUGUUGCUAGCUCUGGUCACCAUCCUUGGAAAUGCCCUGGUGAUCCUUGCUUUCAUCAUGGACAGAAACCUCAGGCAUCGGAGUAACUAUUACUUUCUCAACCUUGCUAUUUCUGACUUUGCAGUGGGUGUGUUCUGCAUGCCUCUCUACAUCCCUUACAGCCUGACGGGGAAAUGGCACUUGGGAAAAGGUGCCUGCAAGCUCUGGCUAGCUACAGACUAUCUCCUGUGCACAGCUUCAGUAUUUAACAUUGUUCUCAUCAGCUACGACCGUUUCCUGUCAGUUACUAAAGCUGUAUCUUACAGAGCCCAGCAGGGAAUAACGUCCAACCCUGUCGUCAAGAUGGUGGCCAUCUGGGUCUUUGCCUUCCUCCUCUACUGCCCAGCAAUCCUCUUCUGGGAGUAUGUGGCCGGAUGCAGCGUGGUAGCGGCGGAUCAGUGCUACGCUGAGUUCUUCCACAACUGGUACUUCCUGCUGUGCGCAUCCACCCUGGAGUUCUUCGUGCCGCUGCUCUCGGUGACCUACUUCAAUGUGCACAUCUUCUACAGCAUCCAGAGGCGCCAGUGGCACAGCAGCGUGCAGGACUGUGAGCUUCCAAGGAGCGGCACCCUGUCCUGGCGAUUCUGCCUCUUGCCAAGGCCAGGAGCGUCUUCUACUCCAUCAGAAGCAGAGGACAGUGUUUCUAUCUCCACAAGGCCAAAGAAAGGGUCUUUGGUAACUGAGAGCUCAUCUCCAUCCAGAGGCAAUUCUGUAACCCCAGAAAAUGACUUCUCUGUUUCUUUUUGUGCAAUGACCAGGUCAAAACUGCAGCAGGACAAGAAAAGAGCCAAGUCACUUGCCAUAAUUGUAUGUGCCUUUGCCAUUUGCUGGGCCCCAUACACUUUACUAAUGAUUAUUCGUGGGGUCUGCAAAGGAACCUGUGUCCAUAGCUCCUUGUAUGAAAUAACCUUUUGGCUUUUGUGGCUCAAUUCCUCUGUAAAUCCAUUUCUCUACCCUCUCUGUCAUGUUAAAUUUCGAAUGGCUUUCAUGAAAAUAUUAUGUCCCAAAAAGUUUGCAAGAUUAAGAUCAGGGUCUUUUUAG